UGGAGCUCUUGAUGGUACGCACAUUAAUGCAAUGGUACGAGGUCCUGAAAAGGCAAGUUAUCGUAAUCGAAAGGGAGUCAUUUCACAAAAUAUACUAGCCGCUUGUAACUUUGAUCUUGAGUUCAUAUAUGUCUUAAGUGGAUGGGAAGGUUCAGCUCAUGACUCAAAAGUUUUGCAAGAUGCAUUAACAAGAAGAACUAACAGACUCCAAGUACCAGAAGGAAAAUAUUAUUUAGUUGAUUGUGGGUUUGCAAAUCGACGUAACUUCUUGGCUCCACUACGAAGUACUCGGUAUCAUCUACAAGACUUUCGUGGGAAAGGUCGUGAUCCAGAAAAUCAAAAUGAACUAUUUAAUCUUCGCCAUGCGUCUUUGAGAAACGUCGUUGAAAGAAUAUUUGGUAUAUUUAAAUCUCGUUUUUCGAUUUUUAAAUCUGCACCACCAUUUUCUUUCAAGACUCAAGCAGAGAUAGUUUUUGCAUGCACUGCCUUACACAAUUUUCUUCGCAAAAAGUGUCGUUCAGAUGAAUUUUGUAGUGAUGAAGAUGAAGAAAUUGAGAAUCCAACUUUGGAAGAAAAUGAGAAUCAAACUUUGGAAAAAAUGGUAUUGAAGAAAAUUUUCAGACUCAAGAACAAGAAAGAGAAGAUGCAAGGAAAUGGAGAGCAACCAUAG